UAAUUGUACCUCACACAGAUUAUCUUCUCUCCAGUGCCUAAUCCAUGAAUAGAAGUAACACACACACACACACAUUGUGUUACAUACUGACGAUAGGGCCUGGACUCACAAACACAACUCUUUUUGACUACUUGGUUGCCUGGAAACUUAGCCUGAGUCUUUGAGAGUGAGGGAUAAUAAAAGGAAAGUGUGUGUGUGUGUGUGUGUGUGUGUGUGUGUGUCCUCUGCCACUGUAUGGACUACUGGGGGCAGUUAGUUAACUCCCUCUGGGUGGGUGUGCUGCAGAUGGGGCUGUUAGCGUUUCUUGCUUCUAGACAAACCUCUGGACACAAAGAAUCUCCUACGGACAAGGCCAAGAUGGACCAACCAAAGACUGAGGAUUUGUUUGAAAUGUUGUACAUUUAAGAAUGGUGUUUCAGCACCUCAGAACAUGGGGGCUCUGGGACAGUUUUCUGUGGACACUCAUUGCAGACUGAGAGAAGGAUAAAAUUGGUCAUCUUGGUCUGAGCUGUAACCAUGGGAACGAGGAUGGAGGUGGCACAGCUUGAGAGCAGAAUGAACACUGAGGACUAUGGAAAGCUACAGGGCCUUUUCCUGGACCCAUCGGGUGCACCUCGCUCCUUGUCCAGAACUGAAUUCAUCGAUCUGGCUUGGUCAUCAGUAGGUCGUGGCUCCAAGGAGGAAUAUGGCCUCCUGUUUGACAGCGUGGUUGUCACUCAGGAGCACCGCGGCCUUCUCCUGGACAUCGACGCCGUGAAGGAAGAGGGACGUGUCGACUGGGGAGGCCUGUGCUCUUUUCUUCUACUGGAGCUUUCUGAUAAAGUGAAGAACACCAGAACCAGUAGUGUCCCUUGCUGGAAACCAGCACACACUUUGAGCUGUCCGCACCGAGACCCGGUUCAAAAGGUGUUGUACCUGCAGAGUUCAGGUCAGUAUUUGACUGUGAGUAAGGGAGGAACUGUGGGGCUGCGGGACAAAGAGGACAUGUCCCUCCUGAACACACAUCGACUGCAAAACAGCACGGUCAAACCCAAAGACCUCUGGGUCACAGACAUGGUGCUGCUGCACAAUGUACACAAGAUAGCUGUGUCUUUCACCAGUAAGGAGGUGUGUUUUUAUGACAUUCUGUCAAAACAGGACUUCGGCUGCAAGUAUAAACUCCAGGGUUUGAAGUUCACUCCCUGGUGUCUAGACUACUGGGUGGAUCCCUCUCAUCCGGACCGGGCCAUCCUCACCAUAGGAGACAUUGGAGGACAGGUCAGUGCUUUAUAUUUUACCUCAGCUCAGAUCUCUCUGUUUGAGAGACUCAGCCUGAGGACGGACUCUGAUUCAGCAGACAUCAUCCAAUGGAACGAGCUGGUCAAAGGAAAGCAUCCCUCCUGUUACACUGUGACACACCAGGUGCACACGCCUGCCUGGGUUAGAAAAGUACGUUACCUAGGCUCGCUGGAAGCCUUUGUGUCAUGUAGCACCAAACCGCAGAGCAGCAUGGUGAUCGGCUGGAGGGAAAAGGAAAGCAGGAGUCUACGAGUCACUUCGUUCUUUACAAAGAGAGGUGUGUGGGACAUGGACCACCACCGUGGACUCAAUCUGAUAGCCACAGCAGGUGUGGAUCAUCAGGUCUUGCUGUGGAACCCGUAUGUGACCUCAGAGCCAGUUUGUACACUCAGCGGGCACACAAGCCCCAUCACCGCAAUUCGCUUCAUGCAGGCAAAGCAACAAUUGCUCAGCUACUCCAAAGAUAAGGUCCUGUGUCUAUGGGAUGUGUCUCGUCAGCUGUGUGUUCACCGUCUGGCCGGUGUCUUCCCAAAGACGCAGGAGGAAACGCACACCCUCCUGUUUCUCCACGAGGAGCGUCAACUCCUCUUACUUUCCUUCAACAGCCUGCUUCUCCUGCUGGAGACCACGAAGGAGGAGAGGAGGACCAGCAGUCAUGAGCACCCUGUUACCUGUGUGCUGUAUAAUAGUCUGUUCAGACAGGUAGUCAGCAGUGACUCUGCCUCCUCUGUGAUCUGCUGGCUGGCUGACACGGGCCAAAAGGUCAAGCAGUUCCACCGCUGCCAUGGCAACACUGAGAUCUCCACCAUGGCCCUGGAUGGUACGCAGACCCGGCUGUUUACUGCAGGCGCUGACGGAGAGGUCAAAGUGUGGGACUUUAAUGGUCGCUGCCUCCACAGAAUGAACGCCAGCCUGGGUCGGGCUGUGGAGAUCUCACAGAUCCUGCUGCUGAAGAGGAGUAUACUGGUGAUGGGCUGGGAAAGGAUGUUAACAGUUUUCCGUCUGCAUUCCUUCUCAAAAUCUUUUGUUGAACCAUCAGAGUGGAAGGGAGGUGUUCAGCAUCGCAGUGAUCUGCUCUGUGCCGCAUUCCAGCCUCCACAGACUCUGGUCACAGGAAGCUACGAUGGAGAGAUUAUAGUGUGGAACAACAGCACAGAAAAGGCAUUGAGGAAACUGGGGCCACAUGCUGAACACAUAGAAGAUUUCCCCGAUUCUCAUGUUGGUGUGAAUGGUAAAGAAGACUCCGAUAACUCCUUCGCCAUCACUAGAUUGUUCUUCAUACCAGGACGCACUUCUACAGUUGCUUCUACAGCAGGUGGUGCAGACUUGGUGUCCUGUGGAGGUUCAGGUGUAGUCAGACUCUGGAACACCUUCCACAGCCGCCUGGUGGGACAGUUCACAGCUCACAAUAGGGACCUUGGGUCUAUUGUUAUGACUGUCAGCCCCUGUGGAAAAUAUUUAGUCACGGCUGAUAGGGAAGGAACACUCAAGACUUGGGACAUACAGCAUUAUUGUCUUGAUCCAGAUUACGGAGUAACCAAAGAACCUCCAAAACUACUGUGUAGUUUUCGCCCACACCUUGAUCGUGUGACUUACCUGGAGAUGUGUCUCCAUGGCGACAGACUCCUCCUUCUCUCUGCAUCAUCGGACUGCAGUUUGGCUCUUAGCUACCUGCCUGGAAAUACCGUCGGUCUGUUCGGACAGGAGGAGCAGUGGUGCUUGGAGAGACCUGGACCUCUGCACCAACAGCAGGAACCAGAGCGGAACAAGAAAGACCAGGGAGGGCAGCAAGGGAGGAUGUCACCUCCCUGACCAGGACCGGACACCUCUGCAGUGGGUGGAGAGGUGGGGAUAAAAGACCAGGAAGAGCACUGUGGGAUGGAUGACAAAAUGUAUCCAGGUGAAGAGUUGAGUCUGUCUAAAGUGCAUUGUGCCAGUGUUCCACUUCAUUUUCACUGCUCCAUUUCACUGUCUGGUAAAGCUGCAUAGUGUUUUUUUAAUGGGAUUUUGGAGGAACAACCAAAACAUGUUAUCUUAUAUUUAGGUAAAAGUACUUGGCAAUUUUAUGUUGAUAUCAUUUACUCUAAAUUCUAUAAAAAGAACUGUCAUAAAAGUUGUACUAAAAGAACUAAGCCAUUGUCUAUCAUGCAGUCAAAAAAACUUGAGUCAGAAAAACACCACUAAAUUGCAUUUUUUUUUUUUCAUUGUAUUGCUAUGCCUCAGGGCAGUAUGGUGUGUAACACUGAAUAGUCAUGGCGGCCUUUCACAACCACAAAGAAUGAAAUAUCAUUUGUGAUGUUCCCAAUUCUAUGAUUUUUACUCUCAUGCUUUGAGAAUAGAAAGGAUCGCAUUCAAAAAUUUGGGGAGUGUGCCUUAUGGUUUAAAAGUGAUUGUGCUGCUGUAAUAUAAAAAUCAGUAAAAAUUGGCAGUUUUGACUGGAGUUCUCAAAGUCAUUUCUCCCAUUCAUUGGCACUGGAGUAGCUUCAGGCUGGUACAUACAUUUGACACUACACAUUUGAGGUUUUGAUUCGCUGGUUUUCUGGAUCUGUGAGAGAUUUUCAUGUCACGAAUACUGUUUACGAAUACCUGUUCUGGUGUGUUUGAACAUUACAGUAUAAUUAAACUAAGCCUUAAAUAUG